UCGUUUUUCGUAGAUAAGAGACUAACGGUGAUGUAAAAGACUCGAUAGACUAUAUUCGUCGCGUAUAAAAGAUUUCCAAGUCGAGUGUAUCGUUAGAACAGAUUCGACCGAUCGCGUAGAAUACGAGUAGGCGAGGACCGGGCACUUGGCGAGAAGUGCGCCGCUAGUUCGUUGCCGCGGCCAUUACGCUGAGCGGUCGAGGGCGAGCAUCUCGCGACGUAAUCGCAUCCGCUUAAUUCGCGUUACUUAUCUCGCUGUUCGUCGUGACUUAUCUUCCUGUUCGUUGCUGGAGUUUGCGUAAACCUAUUGGAAAAGAGGUAACUAGAGCGUCGACAUGGGUAAGGAGAAGAUUCAUAUUAACAUCGUGGUGAUCGGCCACGUCGAUUCGGGCAAAUCGACCACCACUGGUCAUUUGAUCUACAAAUGCGGCGGUAUCGACAAACGUACGAUCGAGAAGUUCGAGAAGGAGGCUCAGGAGAUGGGCAAAGGUUCGUUCAAGUACGCCUGGGUGUUGGACAAGCUGAAAGCUGAACGCGAGCGCGGUAUCACGAUCGAUAUCGCCCUCUGGAAAUUCGAGACGGCAAAAUACUACGUGACGAUCAUCGACGCUCCCGGCCAUCGCGAUUUCAUCAAAAACAUGAUCACUGGGACGAGUCAAGCCGAUUGCGCCGUGUUAAUAGUCGCGGCUGGUAUCGGUGAAUUCGAAGCUGGUAUCUCGAAGAACGGACAGACGCGCGAACACGCUCUGCUGGCGUUCACCUUGGGUGUAAAGCAACUGAUCGUCGGCGUGAACAAGAUGGACAUGACCGAUCCGCCGUACUCGGAAGCUCGUUUCGAGGAAAUUAAGAAAGAGGUAUCGUCGUACAUCAAGAAGAUCGGUUACAACACCGCUUCCGUGGCGUUCGUGCCGAUUUCUGGUUGGCACGGUGACAACAUGCUGGAACCAUCGCCGAACACGCCGUGGUACAAGGGGUGGAAAGUGGAGCGUAAAGAUGGUAACGCCGAUGGAAAGACCCUGAUCGAAGCCCUUGACGCUAUAUUGCCGCCGUCCAGACCCACCGACAAGGCUCUUCGUUUACCGCUUCAGGACGUGUACAAGAUCGGUGGUAUCGGUACUGUACCGGUCGGUCGUGUGGAGACCGGUAUUCUGAAGCCAGGCAUGCUGGUAACAUUCGCUCCAGCAGCGUUGACCACCGAAGUGAAAUCGGUGGAGAUGCAUCACGAGGCGUUGACGGAGGCAUUGCCUGGCGACAAUGUCGGUUUUAACGUAAAGAACAUCUCCGUGAAAGAGUUGAGACGUGGCUACGUAGCAGGUGAUUCGAAAAAUCAGCCGCCGCGAGGAGCUGCCGAUUUCACCGCUCAAGUAAUCGUCCUGAAUCAUCCCGGGCAGAUCAGCAACGGUUACACGCCGGUGCUCGACUGCCACACUGCUCAUAUCGCCUGCAAAUUCGCCGAGAUUAAAGAGAAAUGCGACCGUCGUACCGGCAAGACUACCGAAGAGAAUCCGAAAAGCAUCAAAAGCGGAGACGCUGCGAUCGUGAUGUUGCAGCCGACUAAACCGAUGUGCGUCGAAGCUUUCCAGGAAUUCCCGCCGCUGGGACGUUUCGCUGUUCGCGACAUGCGUCAGACUGUCGCUGUGGGCGUCAUAAAGAGUGUCACCUUUAAAGAUACCCAGGGCAAGGUCACAAAAGCCGCGGAGAAAGCCCAGAAGAAAAAGUAACCAUCAAGCUUCCUCGGAAGCUCGCAGUCCGCGGGCUGGUGCCCGACGAGCGUCUCCUCCGCGAGGGGAUCCUCCGAUAGGAUGCAGUACGCCGCGGCUGCUUCAUUCAACUCAUACUCGACUAAUAAUAAUAAUACAAAAAGUGAAAAGAUGUUGUGCUUACCCCCGUUACAUUAUCCGAUAGUAUUGAAUCCGCGCAUCUAUCCGAAUUUGCACAUUCAGUUCACCCACGCCCCGCGCACACCCCACAUAUGCUAGGUGGAUUCUUACGUUUUUACUUCAUUCUUUACAUUGACGAAUAUGUGUCCAAUUACAGGUAAAACAAAACAACUAAAAAAAAAAAAAAAACUAAAAGAACAAAAAAAAGAAAGAAAACGUCAAAAAAAAAAGCAGAACAAUAUUCAGUUCCCUUGAACUAUGUGUAGUUAGGUUUUUCAAUUAAACGUAAUAACAACAACAACAACAACAACAAUUACACACAACCGAUGAAACAGAACGGGAUGAUGACGUGUGAUCAUCACAGCUUAAUUGCGCGAUACUAAACACGGGGCAGCGGCCGGUCACGACGAAUCACUUAAGACCUCCGCGCCACAUUAUUAAUUCGAUAACACAUUCUUUAUUCACGACUUCCUGGCGUUUACGAAAGAAACACGCGUAGAACACGUAACACGCACCCAUAUAAUACACGCAUACAGAUUCCCAUAUACCUAAACGAAAAACACUAACCUGAUGCGAUUCGAGUUGGACACAUAAAGAGUGUACCCGCUGCUGCCUCGCCAUCCCUUACUUUUUAAUCUUCUUUUCGAAGGAUUCGUUAAAGGCUGAUUUGUUCGAAGACUUGGUUGCCUCGCUGCGAAUAAUUUUAUUACUUGUAUAAGAAAUGUAUUUAUCUCUAGUUAGGGAACAUUAGACUGUGCUCCCAUCCCUUUCGCGGCUCGAAGAAAACUCGCUCCCGAUCGAGGAGCUCGGUUACACCACCGGAUCUUCCUCGUAUUCGCCAGCGAGUUUCACUUCCGAGUUGCCUGUGUUAAUCUCGGUGCCCCUAAUAGACGCGUUCUUCAAUUGUUUUGACCCUUAGCCAGUAUUAUGUUGAUGUAAUAAAAAAAAAAAAUUU